AUGUCGUCAGAAAACACGGAUUCGGACACCCAGGUGGACUGCGAGGACGAAAAACAGGACGCUCAGGAGAAGAAUGUGAGCGCCAUGAAGGCUGAGGAGGCCAAGCUGAAGGCCAAGUACCCCCAGAAGCCCGGCGGCUCCGACUUCCUCAUGAAGAGGCUACAGAAAGGGCAAAAGUACUUUGACUCCGGAGACUACAACAUGGCCAAAGCCAAGAUGAAGAACAAGCAGCUCCCGGUGGCCGGCCCGGACAAGAACCUGGUGACGGGCGACCACAUCCCCACGCCACAGGACCUGCCCCAGAGGAAGUCCUCACUGGUCACUAGUAAACUGGCCGGCUAG